AUGAUUACUGCCUGUGAAACCCAGGACUUCAUUCCCUUUGGCAGAGAGUACAUACAUCAACAUCCUGGGCAGUUUCAGAUCCAGAGAAAAGGGGGAUCACCCAUAACAGAUCAUGGAAUUCCUCUCAUCAAGUCGUUCAAGGAGAUUUCUUUACAGGAGUCUGUCAAGAAAGAGAACUGGCUGUUCAGGAAACAUGAUGGUAGUGAUGACAACAGCAAGGACUCUGUGUUUGAUGAAGAGUUGUAUGUUCGGGGUGCUUCCGUAGUGUGGAGUCGCGGAAGUCAGGAUGGUGGACGCACAGUGGUGAAAACAUUUACCAUGGAUACACCUGUGCUGCAGGCGCUGUGGGGCUCAUUUGUCCUGUCUGCCAGUGAACACAACGUGGACUCGCGAUCUGAAAUGGGAGCUACAGGUAAAAAAGAACAAGGCAUUUGUGUGUUGGAGUCCAGUACGCUAACCUUCUUCAGGGAGCACGGAGGCGAGUACUCCACCCCGCUGCCAUUUCAGGUCUCCCGGACUUGGGUGAUCAAGAAUGGGCUCCUGUUUGAGAGGGCCCUGUCUCAUGCUGAAAUAAACUCUCAGAAGAGGAAUUGUCCUAGUCAGGCGGUGAUCUUCAGCUUGCUGCACCCACUGGAUGACGUGGCUCCAGUCAUUACCAGGUCCUCAGUUUCAGGUGGCCCACCAAAGAUAUCUUACCUGACAGACUGCAACAUGGUGUUCAUCUUUACGAGCUCCGAACCUUCGCUGGCUUUCACAUACGACUCGGCCCUGGGUCACCACUCUGUGUGGAGUAUCAGAAAGGCCAGACAGGAGGAGAUCAAUCAGCUGGCAGGCUCCUUGGACACUACUUCAUUUCUUCAUGCAACUUCACAUGCAUUUGGUGCUGGGGGAGGUCUGAGCUUCUCCAGCAGCUCAUCUCGACACUUGGCCAAUGUGUCUGGCCCAGGGGCAGGCAACACACCCAGCUACUCGCCGUUGAGAAGUAUCUCAGGACGGGUGAUGUCCCCUGCUGGGAUUUUGCGCUCGAGUCCAGGCAUGUCUGCCUUCACGUCCAGUUGUCUGCUUUCUCAUCUGUUGUCAACUUUCUCAUCUGUUGUCUACCUUCUCAUCUGUUGUCAACUUUCUCAUCUGUUGUCUACCUUCUCACGUGUUGUCAACUUUCUCAUCUGUUGUCAACUUUCUCAUCUGUUGUCUACCUUCUCAUCUGUUGUCAACUUUCUCAUCUGUUGUCAAAUUUCUCAUCUGUUGUCUACUUUCUCAUGUAUUGUCUGCAUGUUGUUUCUCGCAUUCUUGACAAACGAGAGCCUGCUGCCAGAUCCCCUGGCCUCCCUGCAGCCUAGUGUUUGCCUGGAACACCUGUGGCAGGAGACAGCUCAUCCAGUCAGGGAUGGGGCCCUAGGCAAGGCAUCCAAGGCUUUCCUCAGCAGGGACCUGUGUGGGCAGCAGUACCUCUGCUACAUGGUUCCGUACAAGCAACAUCUCAGGUGUCUCAAGUUUGAGGAGAGCAAUGACCGCAGCCAGCUAAUAUUUGGUUCUGUGACCUACCUGCAUGCCAAGGAUGCCACACCAAUUGAGAGCCAGGACAUGCUGCUGGUGCUGGAGAUGACAGGCGUGCUUGUUCUUUACAGCGGGGUCACCAGGAUAAGCCAGGUACAUAUCCCAGUCAUGCCCUUAGGGUCGGGAUCAAUCAAUCUAGCUCGGUCAGCAAUUACCCCAUUUGGAAGUCCGGUAAAAGGGGACAUCUUCACCAGCAGCCGGCCUCCCUCGGCCAUGGAUAUUCGCUUUGAUGAUGAGUUAAGCCAUAUAUCACCAGUGACGGCACAUGUGGAGGAGUCGACUGGCCAGGUGGACGGCUCUGUUGGUAGUGGAAUGGUUACCCCCGGCAACAGCUUCAUACAGAACCUUCGGGACAAUGUCGGCAAGAAGUUCUCUGUGGAAUUAUUAAAUGGAAGCUUAUGCAGGACCGAGCUGCCGCCGGUGACCAGCUCCCCAGGAAUUGACCUCUGCUUGAAGGCUCUCAAGCACUUGUUGCCGAGUGACCGGGCUCUCCAGCUGCUGGCCCGCUGGUACACCACACGCAGCACUCCUGGUGGAGUCGGCAACGUCUCAGAGUGGUCCAUGUUCACCAAAUGUAUCCUGGGGCUCAUGGGAUAUGAUGUGGGCAAACUUCGACUGACCAGCAAGGGAGGCAGAGACGGAUCCUUCUCUCCAGUGUUACGCCCCAAGAAAGCCAGGCCUUCGGGCCAAGGAUCUGAGGAGGAUUGGGAGUACAUCCUCAACAGCGAGCACCAUCAUCUUGCUGGACAGUCCCACCAUGUCCUGGGCAUCACCAACUGCAGCCCCACCACUGACCAAUCUGCGUCAGGUCGUCCAUGUGGGAUUAACCAGUCUGCUCUUCUUUUUAGUUUCUGUCCAUCCGUCUUGCUGGGAUUACAUCUCGUGUAUGAGGAAAUGAAAUUAAAUGUUUUACUGCAAGCGGAAGUGCUUUCUCUGGCUCCUUUAGUUCACCAGCUUGCCAGUGACCUCAGAUGUGAAAGUUAUGCAGACGGCUACAGACGAGACUUCCCACAUUUGUUUCAUGACAUUGAUGAACUCAGCCCAGUUACACAAG